AUGUUGCGUGUAGAGUUAGGGACACUCCAACAGCUCCAGACGGACGCCAGCCGAGUGCGCAAUAUUUGUAUCCUGGCGCACGUGGACCACGGCAAGACGACACUGGCCGACAGUUUGAUCGCUAGCAAUGGAAUCAUCUCGAGCCGGCUGGCGGGCAAGCUGCGCUACAUGGACAGCCGACCGGACGAGCAGGAGCGCCAGAUUACGAUGAAAAGCAGCAGCAUCACGCUGCUCUACCGGGAACUGGGACCACCGGGGGUAGAUUAUUUGAUCAAUCUGAUCGACUCGCCGGGACACGUUGAUUUUAGCAGCGAAGUGUCGACCGCCAUUCGACUGUGCGACGGUGCGAUCAUCGUGGUCGACGUGGUCGAGGGCGUUUGUCCGCAGACUCGUGUCUGUCUGCAGCAGGCGUACGACGAGCAGUUAUCGACGGUGCUUCUACUGAACAAGAUUGACCGUUUGGUGCUGGAGAAACGCUUGGAGCCCCUGGAGGCAUACCGGCACUUGGCGCAGGUACUGGAGCAGGUUAACGCUGUGGUUGGCAAUUUGUUCGCAUCGGACGUGCUGGCACGGGAGCAGAUCGGUUCGGGAGACGAUCAAACGUCGGCCUUGGAGGAUGCGGACGAUUCGGUGCUUUACUACAGCCCCCAGCAGGGAAACGUUUUAUUCGGGUCCGCUCUCGAUGGAUGGGCGUUCGAUUUGGUAACGUUUGCCCGGUUCUACCAAGGGAAACUGGACGGUGUACCGGAUUCUACCGCGCUGCUGAAUGGUCUGUGGGGUGACUUUUUCUACAGCCCACGGCGGAAGGUGAUCGAACCGGGUGCGACAGAGAAGGGUCGCAAACCGUUGUUCGUGCAGCUGGUGCUCGACAAUCUGUGGAACAUUUACGGGCUGGUGGAAGAUCGUGACGAGGCCAAGCUGCGAUCGAUCUCGGAACGGUGUGGUGUGGUGCAGAACGCAAGGGAUCUGAAACACGCCGAUGGACGUAUUCCGGUGAGAAAUCUUCUGUCCGGCUGGUUGCCGAUCGAACGAUCGCUGCUCGGUGCAGUGUGUCGUACCGUUCCAAACCCAACCGGCGUCAGUGAGGCCAAGGCGGAGAAGUUGCUGUGUUCGCGAUUGUCCGACUUCGGUUCGUUCCCGGAGGCAACGCGUGAACUGAAACAGAACAUAAUGCGCUGUGAUGCGGCCAGUGAACGGCUGAUUGUUUUCGUUUCGAAAAUGUUUCCAAUUGAGCGUGGGGCGCUCGCCGGGGCCAGGGACACGUUGGAACGAUUGACCAAGAAUCUCUCCCUCGGAGUCGACGAUGAGAGUGUGGACGAAGGAGAAAUCUUUCUGGCCUUUGCCCGCGUGUUCAGUGGUACGCUACGGCGAGGAGCGCGUGUGUUUGUGAUCGGGCCCAAGUACGAUCCACGGACGAUGGCGGCUAAGGAUCCUGCGGAAACGGGCAUGAAUACGCAUCUUGCGGAAGUGGAAAUCGAUAGUUUGUUUGUGCUGAUGGGCCGCCAGCUGGCAUCGGUUGAAAGUGUCCCGGCGGGUAACAUCGUGGGCAUUGGAGGGUUGCAGAAUGUCGUACUGAAGACGGCAACGCUCAGCAACAGCCGCUACUGUCCGCCGUUCGUCGAUCUACCCUUGAUCGCCACACCCAUCCUGCGUGUGGCAGUAGAACCCCGGGAUAUUCAAAAUAUGCCACGAUUGGUGCGCGGUUUGAAACUCCUCAAUCAGGCCGAUGCUUGUGUGGAGGUGCGAGUGCAGGAGAGUGGCGAACACGUCCUGUUAACGCUUGGCGAGGUGCACCUUGAGCGGUGCAUCAAAGAUCUUCAGGAAACGUACGCCCGGAUCGAGCUGAACGUGUCGAAACCGAUCGUACCGUUCAAGGAAACGAUCGUUCCGUUCGUGCCUACGUCGGAAGACAAUCCGGAGGAGGAGAUCGCAAAAGAUCGCGAAAAGGACAAGACCGUAACGUUGCAAACCCCGAAUCGACAGUGUACGCUGAAACUUGUAGCAGUUCCAAUACCACCGGAAGUGGUGAAACUUUUAAUCGACAACGAGGCGGUGUUGAAAGCAUACUUUCAACAUCGCGAAGCAGAACACUCGAUCUGUCCGCAGGUGUUGCUCGACUCGAUCGACGAGCUGAAAGCGAGCUUGAAAAUGUUACUGCCGGAAAGCGUACCAUUCGAGCGAAUCUGGUCCUUUGGACCAAAGAAGUGUGGCACCAAUUUGCUGGUGAACCGUACGGACUUUGUGCACAGCUCGGUUUGGCAUGAGCUUGGUUCGGCGGUUCAGGACGACACUGUGCCAGGUGAUCCUCGGGCGCAGUAUGAAUCGUCGUUUGUGAACGGAUUUCAAAUGGCCAGUCUCGCUGGACCGCUGUGCGACGAACCGAUGCAAGGUGUGUGUUUCGUAGUGGAACGGUGGGAGCUGGAUGUGAGUGUGGGCAUCGAUCUGGCAUCGGUUGCGUCUCAUGGACCGCUUUCAGGACAAAUUAUGUCGGCGGUUAAGGAAGGCUGCAAAAAGGCGUUUCAAAACCAACCACAGCGUUUGGUUCAUCCCAUGUACAGUUGCAGUAUUACGGUAAACUCGGAUGUUCUUGGCAAGCUGUACGCCGUGAUCGGCCGUCGACACGGCCGGAUCCAGUCGGCCGAUCUGAUCGAAGGCAGCGGCCAGUUCGACGUGACCGCCGCCAUCCCGGUAAUCGAGUCGUUCAACUUUGCCACCGAAAUACGCAAGCAAACGUCGGGCCUGGCGAUGCCGCAGCUAGUGUUUAGCCACUGGGAGACGCUCGACAUCGAUCCACACUGGGUCCCGUCGACCGAGGAGGAGUACCUCCAGUACGGUGACAAGGCCGACUUUACGAACGUGGCCCGGGUGUACAUGGACGCGAUCCGCGAGCGGAAAGGACUGCCGGUCGAGAAGAAAUUGGUCGAGUUUGCCGAGAAACAACGCACCCUGUCCAAGAACAAGUGA